ACUAAUCUGUGGAUAAUGGAUAUUGGAUGACGCAUUCAUACACAAAAGUGGUUCCUUUACUUUUAUGCAAUUUUUUCUCAUCUACGCAAUAAAUAAUUGUUAUUCUGUGAUUAAAAACUAAUUUCAAUAUCAAAUAUUAAAUAUCAUGAGUUUCUUGGGGAAACUCUUUGGAGGAAAGAAAGAGGAAAAAGGGCCAACGACCCAUGAAGCGAUCCAAAAAUUACGGGAAACAGAGGAGCUGCUGAUCAAAAAGUCGGAGUUUCUAGAAAAGAAAGUCGAAACUGAGAUACAAGUUGCUAAGAAAAAUGGGACUAAGAAUAAAAGAGCUGCAAUUGCUGCUUUAAAACGUAAAAAGCGUUAUGAAAAGCAACUUAUUCAAAUUGAUGGAACUCUCACACAAAUUGAGGCUCAGAGGGAGGCCUUGGAAGGUGCUACGACCAAUGCUCAAGUAUUGAAUACAAUGAGAGAUGCUGCUAAUGCUAUGAAGCUGGCUCACAAAGAUAUUGAUGUAGACAAGGUGCACGAUAUAAUGGAUGAUAUUGCUGAGCAACACGACAUAUCACGUGAGAUCACGGAAGCUAUCAGUAGCAAUGUGGCCUUCCCCAACGAUAUUGAUGAGGACGAGUUGGAGAAGGAGUUAGAAGAGUUGGAACAGGAGGAGCUAGACAAGGAAAUGAUCGGUAUCAGUGUCCCAGCUGAUAACCUGCCUGAAGUACCCGAUAAUGAGUUGGCCGAUAAACCCAAACCCAGCAAAUCCAGGGAAACUGAAGACGACAAAGAGUUUGCAAUGUUGCAGUCCUGGGCCACAUAGAAUGUUAAUAACGCUUGUGAUAUAUAUAUGCAUAGGAUAAUAGCUUCUAACAAUUAUGUCGUACAGAAUAAAUAAGUGUUCAAUUAACUGUAAAUUUAGUUUUGUACUUCAUAAUUGCUUAUUUCUCAAUGAUAUACAUAGAUUAUAGGUUUAGGUGUUUUUAAUAAAGCUAACACAGACUAAGUAAUAAGUUUAUCUAUAGAUUUUGACAGUUGGAGAUGUCAAAGUUUUUUUUUUAUUUGUUAUGAAAUACGCAUGGGGCAGAUGUAUACUGCAUCUAUGUGAUUAUUUUUAUGGCAUGUAAGUGUGCGUAACGAAUCGAAUAUUUUUCCGGAAAGUGAAACUAUAGCCUGGUAGCGGAUAAGUUGUCGAAAACAUUUGUGAUGAUUUUUUAAAUUUCGAAU